GGGGCACGGGGAGGAGGAAUGUCCCGGGCUCGGGUGCCGCCUCUUUGGGGUCUGUUUCCCAAAUGAUGAGCAAGUCGUUUUUAUUUCAAGAAAUCUGCAGAAAACAAAGCUCCACCGCCCUAAAGCUCAGCUGACGGCCUGACAUGGGAUCCCAGAAGCCUCGGAUCCUGCCUUGGCUGGUGUCUCAGCUGGACGAGGGGCAGCUGGAGGGCGUGGCCUGGCUGGACCAGAGUCGCAGGCGCUUCCGCAUCCCCUGGAAGCAUGGUUUGCGGCAGGAUGCCCAGCAGGAGGACUUUGGCAUCUUCCAGGCCUGGGCGGUGGCCAGCGGCGCCUACACUCCUGGGAAGGAUAAGCCUGACCUGCCAACCUGGAAGAGGAAUUUCAGGUCUGCCCUGAACAGGAAGGAAGUGUUGCGUUUAGCUGAGGAUCGGAGCAAGGACCCCCACGACCCACACAAGAUCUAUGAGUUUGUGAACUCAGCAGUUGGGGACUUUCCUGAGCCGGAGGCUUCUCCAGACACCGAUGGCAGAGUCAGUACCUCUGACACCCAGGAAGACAUUCUGGAGGAGUUACUGAAUGACAUGGCCUUGGGCCCAAUUCCAGAUGAGGGGGCCUCGAGCCUGGCUGUGGCCCCUGAAUACCCCCCUCAGCUCUUGCUGAGCCCCAACUUAGACAUUCCUGCUCCCUACCCAAACUCAGGACCCCCUGAAAACCCACUGAAGCAGCUGUUGGUGCCCGAGGAAGACUGGGAGUUCGAGGUGACUGCCUUCUACCGGGGCCGCCAAGUCUUCCAACAGACCGUCUUCUGCCCCAAGGGCCUGCGGCUGGUGGGGCCAGAAGGAGGGGACAGGACGCUCCCUGGGCAGCCGAUAACACUGCCAGACCCUGGGGCGUUCCUGGCAGACAGGGUCGUGAAGGGCUACGUGGGUCGUGUGCUGAGCUGCCUGGGUGGGGGACUCGCUCUGUGGAGGGCAGGGCAGUGGCUCUGCGCCCAGAGGCGGGGUCCCUGCCACACGUACUGGGCUGUGGGUGAGGAGCUUCUCCCUGACAGCGGCCGCGGGCCUGAUGGCGAGGUCCCCAAGGAGACGGAAGGAAGCGUGUUCAACCUGGGGCCAUUUGUGACCGAUCUGAUUGCCUUCAUCGAAGGAAGCAAACGCUCACCACGCUACACCUUCUGGUUCUGCAUGGGGGAGCCAUGGCCCCAGGACCAGCCGUGGACCAAGAAGCUAGUGAUGGUCAAGGUUGUUCCCACGUGCCUCAGGGCUCUGCUGGAAAUGGCGCGGGUAGGGGGUGCCUCCUCGCUGGAGAACACUGUGGACCUGCACAUUUCCAACAGCCACCCCCUCUCUCUCACGUCGGAGCAGUACAAGGCCUAUCUGCAGGACCUGGUCGAGGACAUGGAUUUCUAGGUCACUGGCCAGGUCUGAACCCGCCACUCAUGGGUGCAGGUCCCUCACCUCCACCAAUAAACUACUUCUUGCCAUUGUCA